AUGCCUUUUGGAACCGAACGGUUACACUCUCGAGAGUGUCCAUCCGACAAGACGUGCCGCAAGUGUCAACGCUGGCACCAUACACUGCUACACGAUGAUGGAGCACUCCACCAGGAUACGCGAUCCAAUGUUUCUCUCCCCGCGGAAACCGCGGUAAGACCACCGGUUCCAGAUGUUCUGGCUCAACCGACAGAGGUGCAGGAGAAUCCUACUGCCGUUGAUCAACCCGUAUCCACGACCUGCUCAUCGAACUUCGCCAAGACAUCGAAAACAGUACUGCUGCUCACCGCAGUCGUACAGGUGUUCGAUAAAAAGAACCAGCCACAUCCAUGCCGCGUCCUGCUGGAUAACGGCUCUCAGAUAAACAUCGACCGCUGGGACAUCCCCGACGGUGUCAUAUUGGCCGACCCCACAUUCCACACGCCGGACAAAGUGGACUUGCUGAUUGGAGUUGAGCUAUUUUUCGACAUUCUCAAGCCGAGUCAGAUCAAUCUAGCGGACAACCUUCCGCUCCUGCGUGAAACCCAUUUUGGGUGGAUCGUGUCUGGAGUCAUCGUCGAGCCGCAAGUAGCCAACGUUUCCGUGCAACAAGCCAACCACGCAUCCGUAGACGAUAUCGAAAAGAUGAUGCAACAGUUCUGGCAAAUUGAGGAAGUGCCAAACGUCUCGAAGCUUUCGACCGAAGAGAUGGCAACCGAAGCCCAUUUCCUAUCUACGUAUCAUCGAGACGCGAACGGCAGAUUCAUCGUCCGGCUGCCGUUCAAGGAUAACUUGGACCAGCUGGAUAGCUGUCGCACUUUGGCACUCAAACGAUUCCUGAUGCUGGAGAAGCGACUCGUCCGCAAUUCCGACCUUCAGCAGCAGUAUGUGGAGUUCCUCCGCGAAUAUGAAGCUCUUGGACACUGCCACGAAAUCCAUGAAGCCGAAGAUCCUCCAAACCAACUUGCGUAUUACAUGCCACACCACGCAGUGUUGCGGCCUUCAAGUUCGAGCACGAAGUGUCGAGUUGUGUUCGACGCCAGCGCCAAGUUUUCUCCUUCUGAACUGUCCCUGAACGAUGUACUGCAAGUUGGGCCCGUCAUCCAGAAUGAUCUGUACUUCAUCAUCCUGCGCUUCCGGAAGUAUAAAAUAGCAUUUUCCGGAGACGUAUCCAAAAUGUACCGUCAGGUCGUCCAUGCAAAGGAAGAUCGUCGAUUUCUACGUAUUUUCUGGAGACCACACCCGUCCCAACCGCUGCGGGUUCUGGAGCUGUGUACCGUUACCUAUGGCACCGCAUCGGCGCCAUUCUUGGCCACUAGGUGCUUGAUGCAACUCGUGGAAGAAGACGGAGGCGCCUUUCCGAUCGCCUCCCGUAUCGUGAAAGAAGAAACAUACAUCGAUGAUGUACUCUCCGGCGCGGAUUCAUUGGACGAUGCCAUCGAUGCCCAACGGCAGCUGAAUGAACUCCUCAACCGAGGAGGGUUCCCGAUCCACAAGUGGUGCUCGAAUUCCCAAGAAUUUCUCGAGCACAUUCCGGAAGAAGACCGAGAGAAGAAGCUCCCAAUGGAAGAACGAGGAGUAAACGAGGCCAUCAAGGUGCUUGGUCUGAUGUGGGACCCGAGCGCUGACACACUGUUCAUCGCCAACCAUCCGAAGCCAACAACCGCAGCCGACCAGCAACGAGUCACGAAGCGAGUGAUGUACUCGGAGAUCGCCAAAUUCUUCGAUCCACUCGGCUUAGUGUCACCUGUCAUCGUAUUGGCGAAGCUCCUAGCCCAGCGAUUGUGGAAACUCAAGACUGGCUGGGACGACCUAGUCGACGAAGCAACCGCACAAGAGUGGCAAGAACUUCAAGCAUCCUUGUCACAUUUGCACCGCAUAGGUAUCCCAAGGUGCGUAACCUUCGGCGGAGUAGUUGCGUACGAAUUACACGGGUUUUCAGACGCCUCCACCGUGGCGUAUGGAGCCUGCAUCUAUUUGCGAAGUCUAUUCUCCGAUGGGUCAGCGAAGCUGCGAAUCCUCACCAGCAAAUCUAAACUGGUCCCUCUACAUGACCUGUCCAUCCCGCGGAAGGAGUUGUGCGCCGCUCUCCUGCUCACCCGGUUGGCGCGAAAGGUGGUACCAGCCCUGGACAUGUCGUUCCGUGAAAUCGUGCUGUGGUGCGACAGUACCAUUGUUCUGGCCUGGAUCCAAAAGCCGCUCAACCAGUUGGAGUUAUUUGUACGAAACCGAAUCGCUGUGAUCCAAGAACACACUGGAGACUAUCGAUGGGAGUAUGUCCGAUCCCAACAGAACCCAGCCGAUAUCGUUUCUCGCGGCCAACUGCCUGAGGCGCUUAAGAACAACACCCUUUGGUGGAACGGCCCAGAAUAUCUUCACAAAGCAGAGUACGAGGUGGUAUCGCCAGAACCUGUUCCCGAAGAUGAACUACCCGAGCUCAAGGGAGUAACCGCAACUACGGCUGUAAGUAUCGACGCAUUCCAGUUCUUCUCCCGAUUUAGUUGCUUCAGGACGAUUCAGCGUAUCAUGGGGUAUGUACUCCGGUUCGUUGGAAACUGCCGCAAACCUCCAACCCAGCGUGUGACGAGCCUGCAUCUGACCGUCGGCGAGCUGCCUCGUUCAACUGAAGUCAUCAUUCACGUGAUCCAAUUCGUUCAUUUGGCGGACGAAAUCCAACGAGUCGUUGACAACGAACCUUGCAAAAAACUCGCAAACCUUCGUCCAGUCUACGUCGAUGGUCUGCUCCGUGUGGGUGGUCGUCUAGAUCGCUCACUGUUACCGUUCGAAAGCCGUCAUCCCAUCAUUCUACCGGACAAGGAGCCGGUGGUACGACUACUAGUUCGACAGAUGCAUGUCGAACUACUCCACGUCGGGCAGACCGGCCUGAUGAACGCCAUACGGCAACGUUACUGGCUUCUCAACGCACGUUCCACCAUCCGACUAGUCACUCGUAAGUGCGUGAGAUGCUUUCGGGUCAGCCCGACUAAUACCAGCCAGCUGAUGGGAAACCUCCCAACCGCAAGAAUUGUGAUAUCUCCACCGUUUGCCGUUACCGGAGUAGAUUACGCCGGCCCGUUUCUCAUCAGACAAGGGGUACGCCGUCCGGCGUUGAUCAAGGCUUACGUGUCCGUCUACGUGUGCAUGACAACCAAGGCCGUGCAUCUAGAGGCAGUGUCCGACCUGAGUACCGACGCCUUCUUGUCGUCCCUAAAGCGUUUUCUCGGCCGACGGGGAAUGGUUCAGCAGCUCCACUCGGAUAACGCCACCAAUUUCCGAGGGGCGCACCACGAGCUGAACGAGCUGUUCCGCCAAUUUCAUGAUCAGCAAUCUGUGAAGACUAUCGAGGAUUUCUGCCGCUCCCGCGAGAUAGAAUGGCACUUCAUUCCGCCGGAUGCACCGGAGUUCGGCGGUCUCUGGGAAGCCGCAGUUAAAUCCGCCAAAACCCAUCUGAAGCGCAUAGUUGGCACCGUGAAGUUAACCUUCGAAGAGCUGACUACCGUCCUAGUCGAGAUCGAUGCGGUGCUUAAUUCUCGACCACUGUUCACCAUCUCUAACGAUCCUGCGGACCCACUGGUGAUCACGCCGGCCCACUACCUCAUCGGUCGUCCGCUCACGGCCAUAGCCGAACCUUCCCUCGAGAACGUCAAGGUAACCCGAUUGACUCGAUGGCAGCACCUCCAGCUCAUGCGCGAGCACUUCUGGCGUUCAUGA